UCCAGUCCAGUAGGAGGCGAGAAAAUCACCAGAAGUUGUUUUGCAAACCGCCAUUUAUCACGAAGAAAGAACAGUUUGAGCUCUCAAUCGAUGUUCAUCAUGAGAGAGCAGGUGGAUGUGAUCUGCUGUAAAUCAGUAGGAACUGAUCUGUCCAUGCUGGAUAUUGAUGAUUUCAUCACAGAAAUCUCUCAGCUGAAGAAAGAGGUGACGUCACUGAAGACAAAACUGAAGGAGAGAGAACUGUAUUCAUCCUGCACCUGUUUUGAGCGAGUUAAAGUUGAGAUUGAGCUGGAAAAGGUUUCCUGUCAAUCUUCAGUGUGUGUGACUGAUGGGACCUCCACAGAAUGUCAGGAUUCAGUGUGGAGCGGCAGAGAUCAGUCCACACCACAGCAGCUGCUGGACAAACUCUCUGAACAGAGAUCCAGAGACACACAGGACUCACAGCUCACUUUACUCUGUUCUACUGAUGCUCAGGAGAGUGUGUGUGACAGUAAUCAGGGUGAUCAAACCUCCACAGAGUCUCUGACUUCUGUCUGUAACGCUGGAGAACAGCAGAUGCUGCAGACACCAGUGAAGAUUGAAGUGAAGCAGGAGAAGAGAAAAGAAGCUAGCACAACAGAGGAACAACAGAGAGAUGAAGGUGAUGAUGAACAGCAGACGUUGCAGUCAUCAGUGAAGAUGUGUUCAGUGAAGCUGCUGGACUGCAGGAAUUUGAUGAAGAUAAGAGGAGAAACCACAGCAGAGGAACAAGAGAAUGAUGAUGAUGACUCCACAGCAGAGGAACAAGAGAGUGAUGAAGAUGAUGAUGAUUUUAUUCCCUCAGAUGUUCAUCAUGAGAGAGCAGGUGGAUGUGAUCUGCUGUAAAUCAGUAGGAACUGAUCUGUCCAUGCUGGAUAUUGAUGAUUUCAUCACAGAAAUCUCUCAGCUGAAGAAAGAGGUGACGUCACUGAAGACAAAACUGAUGGAGAGAGAACUGUAUUCAUCCUGCACCUGUUUUGAGCGAGUUAAAGUUGAGAUUGUAAGUAAGUUUCAAAUGAUGUGAUAUGACUGUGACUCUGUGAUGAUGAACGGUACAGAUGUGAUUGUGUUGUGUUUGUCAGGAGCUGGAAAAGGUUUCCUGUCAAUCU